AUAUAUAUUUAAACGUGCACAUCUGCUACACAGUGCAGGCAGUUGCAAAGAUCUGGCAGCCCUGCUCUAGAAAAUACCACAUAGCAAAUAGUCCACCUCUAAGCAACAGAGAGCUCAGAGGAAACGGCAGAUUUGAUCCCCCUGCGUUCAUCCCCACCCAGGCACCACUAAUCCGACGAGUAUAAAUCCCAACAUGCAAUUGACGUGGCAGAGAGAUCAGAUAAAUCUACUGCUUCCGAUUGCUCUGAUUUGUUGUUGUCUCUUGAUCGACGUAACCAGCGCUCAGGAGGCCCAACAACCAUGGUACGAGAAUCUGCCAGCGGUGGCCAUGGACUACAAGGUUCAUAUAGAUGCUGGUAAGGAGGACUGCUACCAUCAGUAUGUUAAGGCAGGAGCCACCUUCUACGUGUCCUUCAGUGUGGUGCGCGGAGGCGAUGGAAUGGCUGGUUUCGCCGUACGCAAUCCUGCUGGUGAGGUGGUAAAGCCCUACCAGUGGCAGGCUACUGCGGAUUACACGGAUCAGGUAUCACCCGGUGGCUACUACUCCGUCUGCAUUGACAACCAGUUCUCCCGAUUCGCUGGCAAGCUGGUCAACAUCUAUAUCACGGUGGUGAAGUACGAUGCCUGGGACAAGUACGCCAAGGAGAUCGAACAGCUGCAGCUGAACAUGCAAAACUUCACUGCCACCGUUGGCACUGUGGAGCGCAACAUCAACGAUAUGAUGGGCUAUCAAGCGCACAGUCGUCAUCGCGAAUCGCGUGAUUAUGCGUUGCUCCUGGACAACAAUGCUUAUAUUCAAACCUUCUCGAUUAGCCAAAUUGUGGUCAUAUUGAUCACGUGCUCUGUACAGGUCUUCUUUGUGCGCAAACUAUUUGAAGUGAAAUCGAGCUCCAAAAGCCGCAUCUAAGGCGCAAAGAUACUUUUCAAAGACUUCGCAACAUGUUUCUAAAAUUCCAUCCGCAUUUCCAAGACAUUCAUUCUACCAGCUGAACCCCUUUCGAGUUUUUAUAACUUAUUUUAUUACUGGCUAACUGAUCAAGCGCAACUGAGCAGACUUUUUUAUAAUUGGGACUACUUAUGUCAUACGAGUUAUAGACAGCAAAACUUAUUGUGAUAAGUGUACAUUUGUGUGUUUUGUUCAAUUAAAAGAUUGAAGAUUUUUGUA